UGGUUACUUGCGCCUGUCCUCCCACACGCUACACGCCCACAAUGCACCCCACAGCCCUUGCUCUUAGACGCUCCACCUGGAAGGGCCCUUUCUUCACCGCAUUCCCUUCCCUCUCUCACCAUCUUAAGAACAACACUCCCAUCUUUACAAAAUCCCGAGCAUCCACCAUCCUUCCCAACUUCGUCGGCAUCAAGUUCAUGGUCCACAACGGCAAAGACUACCUUCCGGUGACUGUCAGCGAGGAGAUGGUGGGACACAAGUUGGGAGAGUUUGCGCCUACAAGGAGGCCUUGGACUUACAGGAAAACUAAGAAUUAGGCGAACUGGUGGAGAAGAUAUGCUUGUACGAAAGAUACCCCGCAUCAUGAAGAUACCCUUAAUGCCUCCACCGAAUCCUGCCAACUAUUACCCAAGACCAUACUGAUCGCCUUGUCAGGCAACUCCCAGUUCGCAAAUCGGUACAUUUAUGACAAAGAUUACAAGUAAUGAUUGGAUACAGUAAUAUUACUACGAACAAGUCCAAUCCCAGCUAUCCCCAUCCUCACAUUCUCCUAAACCUAAACCCCACCAUUUGUGCGCAACCCUUGCUACAGCCUCUCUUGCGGAGAUUGUUUGCGUCUCCAUCCUUCGCCUCGUCAGCACGAGUCGGCGUGCACAAUAAUUUAAAAGACUACUCACGUUGAGACCCAGCGCUCCAUUCCAGCUAGAUAUUCUACCCCUUCCGUUAGCGUAACUGGAGCGUAUCUUGCAGUGGGUUCCAUCUUUGGAUAGCUAUUCCAUUCCUUUCUCUUGACCCAAGUCGGUUCAUCUCCAAGAAUCUCUCUCAAGAGCCGAUCGCUUAGCCUUGUGAGUGAAAAUAUCUUGACCGCGUACUCGUUCGAGCCUGGGAAUGAUUCUCCGUGCCACGUAAUGGACUGGAAUCUUGGAGGUGGCAAAGAGGGUGCGUUUGGAGAUCGAGGUGGGUGUGCAGAAGUCAAAAUCGUAUUGGGGACGGUGGAUCCCGCGGGUAAACCGAAAAAUGAAGGGGAAGGAUGCUUCUGAGUUGU